UACACUAACCAAAAUCUAUCCACCUGUACAUUUCUCACCUCCAACGGAUGAUUUUCUCUUGUUUCAUUCGACAUAGUAAAAAAAAAGAAAAACCCUUACACAAAACCCUUGUCUGAAACUGACAUCGAAGAAAAACUAGCAAAAGAUGGAACCUCACUCGGACGGCGCCGACGAACUGACCGCCAUAAAGGAGCUCCGUCAGCAACACGAAACCCGUAUACAAACCCUACGCAACGCUCAAUUAGAACUCAUCGCCUCUCUACAAACCAAAAUACCCAACAUCGCCUCUUCCCUCGACCUCUCCCUUCAAACCAUCUCAACCAUCACUGGAAAACCCUUUACCCCUUUACCCACCCCCCUUCCUACCGCGCCUAACCAUAACCCUAAUUUACUCGUUGCCCCGAGGGUUAACAAACGUGUUUCCGAACUAUGUACGACUAGUGCUGGUGAGAAGGAGAAGGUUGUGAUUGAUGAGUGUGGGGGCCCGUUGUCGGUUGUAAGGGCGAUGGUUGCUGUGUGUUUGUUGGAGAGAGUGCCGUUUACUGCUAUUGAUUCCUCGACGUUGUUGAGGAAGUUGGAGAAUGAUCGGUUGGAGGAUGCGGAGAAGGUUGCUAUGAGGGAGCUUGGAGGGGAUUCAGGGGCGAUAAUGGCUAUAGAAAUGGCGUUGAAGUCCAUGGCGGAGGAUAAUGCUUGUGUAGAAUUGGAGAAUUUUGUUGUUAGUGGGAAAUCUAGGACUAUGGUGUUAAAUAUUGAUAGGACUAGGUUGUUGAAAGAAUUACCUGAGAGUAAGCAGAGUGAGGGGUUUAGUGGAGGUAGUCGGGGUAGUCAGGAGAUGGUGAAAAGAGGGAGUGAUAGUGGAGGAGUUUUUGGGAUGGGUAGGGCAAUGAGUGAAAUGUGGGAACAUCCACAUAUGCAGGGGAUGACGGCCAUGUUUCCCGGGAAUAUGGGCGGACCGAGAGGUGGGCAUAGAGGAAUGGUAGGUAUGAUGGGGAUGCCGAGAGGUGUUGGAGUUCCACCUCCUAUGCCUAGACCACCAAUGGGGCUAAGUGGACCUGUAGGAGGAGGAAAUUCUAUUGCUUUGAAGCCUAGGACAGAAGAAGAUGAGAUGAAGGAUUUAGAGAAUAUGUUGAAUAAGAAAAGUUUCAAGGAAAUGCAGAAAUCGAAAACUGGAGAGGAGUUAUUGGACCUUAUUCAUCGGCCCACUGCGAAGGAAUCUGCCGUCGCUGCGAGGUUCAAAAGCAAAGGUGGUUCCCAGGUGAAGGAAUAUUGUUCAGCUUUAACGAAGGAGGAUUGUCGACGCCAAUCUGGUUCCUACAUUGCUUGUGAUAAGGUUCAUUUUCGGCGAAUAAUUGCUGCGCAUACUGAUGUCAACUUGGGUGAUUGCUCUUUUCUUGAUACUUGCCGUCACAUGAAGACAUGCAAAUAUGUACAUUAUGAGCUUGACUCGACACCGGAUGUAUCACCCCUGAUGAUGGGAGCAGCUACCUUGCCCCCUCCUAGGCCUUUGAAGCCUCAGCGUGCUCAUUACUGUUCAGAAGUAGAGCUUGGUGAACCACAAUGGAUUAAUUGUGACAUACGGUCAUUUAGAAUGGAUAUUUUAGGGCAGUUUGGAGUUAUAAUGGCUGAUCCACCAUGGGAUAUUCAUAUGGAAUUGCCUUAUGGGACAAUGGCUGAUGAUGAAAUGCGCACUCUAAAUGUUCCUGCACUGCAAACUGAUGGUCUUAUAUUCCUUUGGGUUACCGGACGUGCAAUGGAGCUUGGACGGGAAUGUCUAGAGCUUUGGGGUUACAAGCGUGUUGAGGAGAUUAUUUGGGUCAAGACCAAUCAACUUCAGCGAAUCAUCAGAACUGGCCGGACAGGCCAUUGGCUCAAUCACAGCAAGGAACACUGCCUUGUUGGAAUAAAGGGAAAUCCAGAGGUAAACAGGAAUAUUGAUACUGAUGUCAUAGUAGCAGAGGUUCGGGAAACGAGUCGUAAGCCAGAUGAGAUGUACCCCUUGCUCGAAAGAAUUAGUCCAAGGACCAGAAAGCUGGAGUUAUUUGCACGGAUGCACAAUGUUCAUGCCGGGUGGAUGUCACUUGGAAACCAACUACAAGGGGUAAGAUUAGUUGAUGAAGGGCUUAGGGCGCGGUUCAAGGCUGCAUAUCCGGAUGUGGAGGUGCAACCUGCAUCUCCGCCAAGGGUGUCUGCAAUGGAAGUAGAUUCAAGUUCUAAUCAAAUGAGGAGUACAUUUUCUGGAGGGGAAUUAAAGGCUGCAGGGACCCAGGUCGCUGAGAUCACUGCUCCGGAUGCAGCCUAUGCAACUGAAGCAAAAGCAGUAAACCGUGAUGUGUAAAGGCUGCAGGGACCCAGGUCGCUGAGGUCACUGCUCCAGAUGCAGCCUAUGCAACUGAAGCAAAAUCAGUAAACCGUGAUGUGGAGAUGACUAGUAGUAACUGUCACAGAGCUAUUUAUUUUACUGUAGUGGCAUAAACACGAGGUUCAGGUACUUUUGCAUGCACUGUUUCUACCUGUCUGCACUAGAUUUUGCAGGUGGAUGUGGUGUACGACUUCCAUUAAGAUUCUCAGGUGGCGGGAUGGGUUGCAGUGUGCCUGCAGUUAACCAUCAAAAAGGACCCUACAGUAGUCGUAAAGUAUAACAGUGGAUAAAAUGUACUACUACCUUGCUUGUUUGUUGUUCUCCAGAACAGGUAGUGUUUUACAUACAUGUACCUUGUAACCCCGUG